AUGACUUGGGUUGAGAUAAUCCUCCAUUCUUGUAUUUUUGCCGCAUCCUUAGCUGGUCUCUUCUGUUUUCUGGACAGACUCAUUAAACACUUUACUAUUGCAGCAAUAUCAUGGGGCUGCUCAGAGCUUACCAUUGGGUUUCUGACUUCAGUCAUUGGAUGGGAACAGCUUCUUGCUACCUUGUCUUUGGCCAUCAAUAACGAUCAACCUUCUUUGGCACUCGGAAAUAUCAUUGGUUCUUCCAUCACCAACAUCCUCGGGGCUUUUUCUCUCGUCAUUGUCUUCCACAAAGGUACCAAUGGCAUCCUAUUCGGUGAUAAGAACACGGAGCAAUAUACACUUGCACUCUCUGCCGCUACACUUCUAGUUUUCGGGAUUCUCAUCACGACUCCCUACGCCACAAUACCUGUCGAGGUGUUUUACAUUUUUUUAAUCAUGCACGCAGCCGUUUAUGCAAUAUUGGUUCUAUUGAGGAUCACAGAGGAAUGCGACCCUAUUCCGGAAGUACAAAUAGUCUAUAGAGACUGUAUAUACAGUGCUUUAUCGAGCGGGGAAUCUGUUUCAACGUUUGAAAGACCCACCUAUGAAGACUAUCCAAGUCCCGUACCCACCAGCCCUAGCAGUCCUGGUAGCCCAAAACUUGAUAGUCGAGAUGGAUCGCCCUUGUCAACAUUGAAUGAGCGCGAUGAGCAAGAUGACGCCGCAUUGGCAGAUUCUACCGUCAUCUCCCCCGCUACUUCCCAGGAUUCACAUGCAAAUCCGGCAGAAGCAGAUUCUGAACCUGCACAUGAUUCAAUCGUGGAUAUUCCUGACUCAAACGCAGUAUCAUCGGACGCAAACCCCCAAGAUGUAUCCCUUGUGUCCGAAUCCGGUACCCAAAUCAGAACACACCUUUGCUGGGCAAUCUUAAGUCUUGUAUUAAGCUCUAUCUGCACAUACAUCAUCUCAUGGAGCACAGGGCACCUACUCUCCAUCUUCUCGAGAGAUACCAUUACCAUGGGUGUCUUCCUUUCCAUACGCAACACGAUUUCCAGUCAAGUUCUUGCCAUCGUCGCCGCUAGAGGUGGCAAUGCACGUAUCAUCGUCGGAAGUACAAUCGGAUUAAAUUACUGGCUUCUUCUCGUCUGUUUCCUAUUCGUAGUUGGUAAUCCAAGGGACCACAUGGGAAGACCGAGUCCGGUAGAAUACAUUGUGUUCAUGGGAUCGGCUGCAGCAAUGAUGGGGAUUAUUUUCUUGGGAAAAGUGGAACGGUGGAUGGGUAUCCCGUUGUUUGUGGUGUGGUUGGUUUUCUUUGUUUUUGAGGCUGUUUUGGCGGUUUUGGGGAGGAUUGAAAGAAUUAAGUGA